AUGUUAAAAACUAAUCCAUUAUAUAUUCAAACAAAUAAUACUAGAUUUUUCUCUGUACUCUCUAAACUGAAAACCACAAAGUCUACAAUUGAGCUAAACACUAAUAUCACUAAUUCUAAUGUAAAUGCAAGCACAAGCACAAGCACAACCGCAAAGGUAAUUAAACCAUUAUCUGCUGCACAACGGGCCUACUUAGAUAGAGUCAUCAGAGUAGAUCAGGCAGGUGAAUUAGGUGCAGAUUACAUCUAUAGAGGCCAGAUAUUUGUAUUGUCUAGGAAAUAUCCUCAUCUAAGGUCGACUUUGGAUCAUAUGUGGGAACAAGAAGUCUAUCAUAGAGACACAUUCAAUCAACUACAGUUGAAACAUCGUGUGAGGCCAAGUUUGAUUACUCCCAUUUGGAAAGUCGGGGCUAUCGUUAUGGGUGCUGGGACAGCUUUGAUCUCUAAAGAAGCUGCCAUGGCUUGUACUGAAGCCGUUGAAACUGUUAUUGGUGGUCAUUAUAAUGAACAACUACGUGUUUUAAAUAAUAAGUAUGAACAACCUGUAAUUGAAAGUAGCAAUAAUAGUAAUAAUAGUGGUGGUGGUGGUGAGACCGUUAAGGUGCCAGACGAAGUUCAACAUUUGAUAUCUAAGAUUAAAGAAUUUAGAGAUCAAGAAUUGGAACAUUUGGAUACAGCUAUUGAGCAUGAUUCAAGAAUGGCCGUUCCCUACACGAUAAUAACUGAAACUAUAAAAAACGUUUGUAGAGUAGCCAUUUGGUGUGCUGAGAGAAUUUAA